UUCGCCUUGGCCUUCGAGUCGGAACACGGACACCCCGUGUCGCUGGUUAUUGAUUCAGUUGACCGCCUGAUCGAUGCGCCAUAUGUCUGGCUAAAAAACGCCUGCCACAUAGCCAUAGCUAUAGCCAGAGCCAGUUGGCCGCAUGCCACAGGUUGCAACGGUUGCCCAGAUUGUAUUUGAGUUCACGUUACGGUUGAGUGAGUGAUUGUGACUUUAUAUAGAGACACUUUGAUAGCGACAGAUGAUUUGCCAAUCGAUCGGGCUCUUCAAAUAAAUGAAUGCUCCCAAUUGGCUUCUAACUGCACACAGAGCAAGUGCCCGAGGCCCCAGCCAAAGCGGAAGCACAGCGAUUCCCAAAUCAAUACGUUUAACUAAUCGAAUGCGUCUCAUUGUGCCCACUGCGAGAAUGAGUCGUGCCGCACGAAGCGUCCAUCUGGCCUGCGCCUAUCUCCUGGGACUCCUAAUCCUGUUGCCAGCCAGCUCGGCUGGGCCGCACGAGAAGCGCCUGCUGCACGCUCUGCUGGACAACUACAACAGCCUGGAGCGGCCCGUGGUCAACGAAUCCGAUCCAUUGCAAUUGAGUUUCGGUCUAACACUUAUGCAAAUCAUCGAUGUGGACGAAAAGAAUCAGCUGCUCAUCACGAACAUUUGGCUCAAAUUGGAAUGGAACGAUAUGAAUCUGCGCUGGAAUUCCAGUGAGUUUGGAGGCGUACGAGACUUACGUAUACCACCUCAUCGCUUGUGGAAGCCCGAUGUGCUCAUGUACAAUAGCGCGGACGAGGGCUUCGAUGGCACCUACGCCACCAAUGUGGUUGUGCGGAACAAUGGCAGCUGCUUGUACGUGCCGCCCGGCAUCUUUAAGUCCACCUGCAAAAUCGACAUCACCUGGUUCCCCUUCGACGAUCAGCGCUGCGAAAUGAAGUUCGGCUCCUGGACCUACGACGGCUUUCAGCUGGAUUUGCAAUUACAAGACGAAGCUGGCGGCGAUAUUUCUAGUUUCAUAACCAACGGCGAAUGGGACUUGUUAGGUGUGCCCGGUAAACGUAAUGAAAUCUACUAUAAUUGCUGCCCAGAACCUUAUAUUGACAUAACAUUCGCCAUUUUGAUACGACGCAAAACUUUAUACUAUUUUUUCAAUUUGAUUGUGCCGUGCGUGUUGAUCGCAUCGAUGGCACUGCUAGGGUUUACACUGCCACCAGAUUCUGGUGAGAAGCUAUCGCUUGGAGUUACUAUUUUACUAUCGCUCACAGUCUUCCUGAAUAUGGUUGCGGAAACAAUGCCAGCUACAUCCGAUGCUGUGCCGCUGUUGGGAACUUAUUUCAAUUGCAUUAUGUUUAUGGUGGCCUCAUCAGUUGUGUCAACCAUACUUAUCCUCAAUUAUCAUCAUAGAAAUCCAGAUACGCAUGAAAUGAGUGAAUGGAUAAGAGUAAUAUUCCUUUAUUGGUUACCUUGCAUAUUGCGCAUGCAAAGACCCGGACAGGUCGGCUACGAAUGCCCGCCGCCGCCCUCGUCGUCGGGCUCCUCGACAGCUGGUGACAAAAAGCAACAGAUCCAAAACGUUGAGCUCAAGGAAAGAUCCUCUAAAUCGCUGCUCGCCAACGUUCUCGACAUCGAUGACGACUUUCGUUGCAAUCAUCGCUGCACCAGCGCCACGUUGCCCCAUCAGCCCACGUACUACAGGACAAUGUUCAGGCAAGGCGACGAUGGCAGCGUGGGUCCAGUCGGGCCCGUCGGUCCCGUGGGUCCUGUCGCACCUGUGCCCGAUUCUCGCAUGCAUGAGGCCAUUUCCCACACCUGUCUCAGCUCCUCGGCGGAAUAUGAACUGGCGCUGAUACUCAAGGAACUGCGCUGGAUAACCGAUCAGGUGCGUAAUAUGAUAACAAAUGCAAUUCAGCCUAAGUCCAUGGACAAAAUCUAAUCUGGCAGCUCAAGAAAGAGGACGAGACCGGCGACAUAACGCGCGACUGGAAGUUUGCCGC